AUGAGCCACGCCGACCACUCGCGCGACCCCUGUCCCUUCGUUAUCCUCAAUGACUUCGGCGGUGCCUUUAGUAUGGGCGCGAUUGGCGGAGGGGUGUGGCACGGCAUUAAAGGAGCCAGAAACAGCCCUCGCGGCGAGCGUCUCGUCGGCUCGAUCUCAGCUAUCAAGGCGCGUGCCCCCAUCCUCGGCGGUAACUUUGGUGUCUGGGGUGGUCUGUUCUCGUCGUUUGACUGCGCCAUCAAGGGAUACAGGCAGAAGGAGGACCCAUGGAACGCCAUCAUGGCCGGUUUCUGCACUGGCGGCUCCCUCGCUCUGCGAUCUGGCCCCAAGUCUGCCCUCACCUCUGCCAUCGGCUGUGGUGUCCUUCUCGGUGUGUUCGAGGGUGUCGGUGUCGUGAUGUCGCGCAUGUUCGCCCAGCCCGUGCCCGCCAUGCAAUUGCCCGAGGCCGCCCCCGCGCCUGCUCUCGCCUAG